GGGGUCUGGGGGGAAGGAGGCUGCUGUGGGACGCGGGGCGGCCACAGGGCUGGCGUGGGGCUUCUAUGGGGCUCCAGUGGGGCUCCUGUGGGGCAGGGAGUGGUGCGUGAGUCUCCUGGCCCUCCUCACGUGACUUUCCUACGUAACCCUCCCUCCCUCCGUUCGGGUGCUCGCAAGAUGGCGGCGGCGGCGGCGGCGGUUCGGGGACGGCGUUUCAAGUGGUCGUUGGAGCUGGCGGCGGCGCCGGGGGGGCGACCCCGUGGAGCCGCCGAGGGCCGUGGGCCGCUGGGGUUCGCCGAGCGGCAGCUGGGGGAGGGUGGCGUCCACGAAAGCGACAAAAUCCUCAUGGAGAAGCGCUGCUGGGACGUGGCACUGGCGCCGCUGAAGCAGAUCCCCAUGAACCUGUUCAUCAUGUACAUGGCCGGCAAUACCAUCUCCAUCUUCCCUGCCAUGAUGGUCUGCAUGAUGGGCUGGCGCCCACUGCAAGCCCUCAUGUCUCUCUCUGCCACACUGAAGGCACUGGAGAGCUCAAGCCGGCGGGCACUUCAGGGGCUGGUGUUCCUGGUGGGCAAUGGACUGGGGCUGGCACUGGCCCUCUACAAGUGCCAGGCCAUGGGGCUGCUGCCUACCCGUCCCUCUGACUGGCUGGCCUUUGUUGCCCCCCCACAGCGGAUGGAGUUCACUGGGGGGGGCCUGAUCCUGUGACCCAAUGCACCCACCGACCAAUAAAGAUGAUGGCAGGCUGGUGAUGUUA